CUGCGGUCGGUGCCGGGUCAGUGGGGCCCGAGGGAUUAGCUGCGCAGAGGCGCUUCAGUCAGAAGAAAAGAACGCAGGAAACUUCAUUCAGAGGAGAAGACAAAAGAAGCGCACCUCUGAGGGUUCAGUCAUUGAUCCGUUUGGAGUCUGCAGCCUGAACUUCACAGAGUUUCCUGGAGGAUGGUUGCCACACCUGUGGGAGGACGCACGCAGGCUUCCUGUCUCACGGCGGCAGAAACGGCGGGUUUGUCACACAGCGAACACGGAGUCAAAACACUCCAAAGCGGCGUGAGUCUGGGUGGGAGGAAGACAUCCUUGCCUCCUUGUCACCAGCUGGGUUUGGACGUCCCACCGCAGGAGCGUCGGUGACAGCCCACUGAAGGCUGCUUUGUUUCCCCAAGCCGUCUCCAUUCCCUCUAAUGAGCCAUUAUGGUUGUGUUUUGUCUCAGUCGUGUUUGUUGGCUGGCUGACUUUCUGAAAUGACAAGACAGAGGGAACGGGUAGGGGGUGGAGGAUGAGGAGUCUUUCAUUUUGCCUUCAUCGAAGUGGCGCAGCUCUACAAGACAGAACUAUUUAGAAGAGUUGCCAAAACUCAACAGGCUCCGAGGGAAGUGAAGAGCUUCUGCUCCGCUGCUCCUCCCGAAUCAAAGCUCCGCUCUCGAGCCCCAACUCUUCCUCCGCUCCGUCCGCAGAUUCGGGACGCUCAAACGAGCGAGAUGGAGAGUGAUGGGAUGUUGACGUGGGGGAGGAGAGAGGCGAGGUGAGCUGGGUGGCUAAGCAGACACGGUGACAACCCACCUGUCAGCAGGUACUCAGUUUAAUUGGGAAACGAGGGCCGCGGGACAAUAACGGGGGCCCAUCACUUCUCCCUGUCUGCUCGUUUUCUGACGGGCUUUUGAAGUCACCAGGCGCUCCUCCGGAGCUCCUUCCUCCCCUCCUCUGGAGGAGAGAGGAGACAUCGAGUAAAUGUGGAGAUCUAACCAGAGGUUACCGGCGUGUGGACAGGCCUCGUAACGAUGGAGGACUCCAGUUUGUGUCUUGGUGUAUCAUCAGCGGUGCCCGACGCCGACGUCCAUCUCAGCAGUGCCGUGUUAAAUGGCCGCUACCCCAUCAGUCAAAAGCUUCACCAGCUGACCGCCCAGCUAGGACACGCCUUUCCAGAGCUGCACCGCCCACAGCAGCUUCCCGAGGAGAAGGCAGCCACGCCUUUGGACGAGAAGAGCCACCACGCAGCCCUGGCGAGCCAACCAAUUAGCAGCCAGAUGGCCCUGCUAGCCAAUCAACUCAACAGGAACAUCGAUGCAGGGGCUCUGAGCGGACUGAACGGCCGCGUCGACCUGCAGCAGUUCCUCAACGGUCAAAACCUCGGCAUCAUGUCACAAAUGAACGACAUAGAAGACGACGCUCGUAAGAACAGGAAGUACCCGUGUCCGCUGUGCGGCAAACGCUUUCGUUUCAACAGCAUCCUGUCACUGCACAUGCGCACGCAUACGGGGGAAAAACCUUUCAAGUGCCCGUACUGCGACCACAGGGCGGCUCAGAAGGGCAACUUGAAGAUUCACCUCCGCACUCACAAGCUGGGAAACCUCGGAAAGGGGCGGGGCCGCGUCCGGGAGGAGAACCGGUUGCUGCACGAGCUUGAGGAGAGGGCCAUCUUGAGGGACAAGCAGAUGAGAGGAAGUGGCAGUCUUCUGCAGACCGCUCAAACUUUGGGCCUCAAUAGCAACUCAAACACCCAUCCGCAGCAAAUCGGUUCAGCUUGUGGCCCCCCGCCCCCACCCACUCUUGCUACUCCUGAAACACUCUGCCAGCCCUCGACUUCGCCCAAGCCGACCGGAGCUCAAGAUGAACAGUCUGUGAACCCGAGCACGGGCUUCCGUUGUACCUUCUGCAAAGGGAAGUUCAAAAAGCGGGAGGAGCUGGAUCGCCACAUUCGCAUUCUUCACAAACCCUACAAAUGCACCCUUUGUGAGUUUGCUGCCUCCCAUGAGGAGGAGCUGAUCAGCCACGUAGAGAAGGCCCACAUCACGGCUGAAACCACACAGGGCCAGGGGCCCGGCGGCGCUGGCGGCAUGCAGAUGGCCACUGAGUUUCGCUGUGAUGUCUGCGGCCAAGUGUUCAGCCAAGCCUGGUUCCUCAAAGGUCACAUGCGAAAGCACAAGGACUCUUUCGAACACUGCUGCCAAAUCUGUGGCCGCCGCUUUAAGGAACCCUGGUUCCUGAAGAACCACAUGAAGGUGCAUCUAAACAAGCUAGCCAUCAAGAGCAAGCCCCCUCAGCACAGCGAGCAAGACAUGGCCGCUAUAAACAGCAUGAGCAGCCUGGCCCAGGAAGCUCAUGCCAACCUCUAUUCGCGCUACAUCUCCUGUCUUCAGGGAGGCUUCCUCUCACCAGACAAGCAGGGCCUCAGCGAGCAGCAUCAAAUGUUGGCUAAAGCUGGGAUUGUCAUGAAGGAGAAGGAGAUGUUAGGCAAACUCCUUGGACCUAUGGCAGGAGGGGUAGCACAUGGGCUUGGCGAAAAUGAGAAACGCUCACUUCUUGGUUGUCUCAACCUUGUGCCACCGCUGAAAUCCAGCUGCAUGGAGCGCCUCCAAGCAGCCGCCAAAGUGGCAGAGAUGGACUCGCUCAAUAGCUACCAAGCCUGGCAGAUAAUGGCCCGUGGAAUGGAGAUGGAGAGAGCCUUCCUGCCCAAGGACCAGCAGCACCCACCCCACGUGACUCCAGGGCAGGAUGAUGAGACAGGUGGAGCCUUGGCUUCUUACUCUAAAGAUAAACAAGACUACUCCUUGAUUGCUUCCAGUGAUAGCUCUAAGCAGAAGCAGCUCUCUGAUGCCCUACAGGCCUCUAAGGCCUCAGGUGGAGCCAUGAUGCCAAUGAAGGAGGAUGGCAGAAGCUUUGAAAGUCAUCGUGACUUAUUGCUUCACCAUGUAAAUGCUGAGGCUCCUGGAGCCUUGGCUGGUCUUGGAGGCCCCAACGUCGACUACGGCCUUUCCAGCCUGUCCGGCCUAAAGGAAAAGCCUUCUGAGUGUCCCGACUGCGGUCGGGCCUUCAGAACCUACCAUCAAAUGGUUGUCCACUCCCGUAUACACAGCAGAGAUGGCAGAGGCAUCGACGAAGCUCUUCACCAAGGCGCAGAAGAACGCCGAGGUUCAGCCAGUGAUCCUGAGUCACAGUCCAUCAGCCGAUCCACCACCCCGGGUUCAUCCAAUGUGACAGAAGAGAGUGGAGCCGGGGGAGGACAGUCUCAGACAGGGAGCGUCCAGGAUGACAGUCCACAUCCUUCUUCACCAUCCUCAGACGCUGGGGAGGACUCGGCGAAGGCGGCCGGGAGCAUCCCGCCCCCCCCUGCACAGGUUCGAGAGCGCUCUCUGGGCACGUCCUCCAAGGACUGCCCCUACUGUGGCAAGUCCUUCCGCACCUCCCACCACCUGAAGGUCCACCUGCGGAUACACACAGGAGAGAAACCCUACCGAUGCCCUCAUUGCGACUAUGCCGGCACCCAGUCUGCCAGUCUCAAGUACCACCUGGAGCGCCACCACCGCGAGCGCCAGAACGGCUCCACCCCAUCAGGCGCCGCCUCUGCCCACAACGCGUCCUCCGACCACAAAGACGAGCACGGGAAGGCGGGGGGCGGCGGCUUCGCCCGGCCCGACGUCCUCCGGAACGUCUUCAAGGGCGUUCCUCACGGCCUGGACUUCAGAGGGGGUCCGCUGCUGCCGCCUCAGUGGGCGGGCAUGAUGUCGUCACAUGACCGGGACCGAUCCGAGCGCCGGUUCGACACCUCGGCUGAGAAGACUGCCGACGGCCCCAUCAUCGCCCCCGACAGCGCCCCCAGCUUCUCCGACCUGAGCCGGGCUUACCAAAGCAUGAUGGGAAACGGAGUCCACCUUCAAGGUUCUCUCCAGGCCUUCAUGGACAACUUUGUUCUCAGCUCCAUGAAGAAGGAUCUCAAGGACAGCCAGGGAGCUGCGCAGCUCCAAGCUCAGCGUUACCAUGACAACGGCGAGCCCAAAGCCAAGCGAGCUACCCCCAACGACCUGGAGCGAGAGGACAAGGCCGACACCAAGAGCAGCUCGGAGCCAGGGAAACCCGGCUCCCAGUACGAACCCCUGGAUCUCUCCGUGUCGGUCCGGCCCGAGUCUGCGUCCGGGUCCCUCCCCGGUUCCUCCGUUACGAUCCACGACAACGUGGCGUGGCACGGCUGCCUCUUCUGCUCCUUUUCUACGUCCUCGCUGGAGCUCAUGGCUCUGCACCUUCAGGCCAACCAUCUCGGCAAAGCCCAACUUCCGCGUCCCGAUGCUGGCAAGGAGAUUCAGCGAGAGGGCUCCCCCACCACCUCUGCAGUCCACCCCUCCAAGACGUCCGCGUUGGCCCUGGACAGGGAGGCAGACAGAGACGGGGAGAAGCAGCAGGGGGCCUGGAACAACCGUCUGGACCAGCCCUACAACCCUUUCCAGAGCGACUUCUACAAGAGAUUUGGCGGCUUGUAUGACGAGUCACCCAGGGCCAACCAGGGCCUCCAGGGGUACAUCGGCCAAGCAGAGCAGGGUCUGGAGCAACCGGCCCAGACCUUUGGAGGAUCCUCUCUGGGCGGGGAGGAGCAGAUCGGGGAGAGAGGAUCCUGUGGAGACGUUGAAGACGAGCAGACUGGAUCAGACGAAGAGGCCGGAAAACCAGGGGAGCACGGCGCCAUCGGGAUCCCUCUGGCCAGCCAGCCGCUACAGAACCACUCUGACGGGGAGGAAGAGGACCCGGGGAUGGACGAUGAAGAGGACGACAGAGACGAUGAGGAGCAGAUGGACAUGGAUGGAGAGAAAGAGGAGAGUCCGGCCUCUGAGCUCCUCCACACCCACGCGAAUCAGCUCCAUGAGGACCCCUCCCUCCACUCUAGGGGUAGAGUCGGCCUUGCGGCGUCCUCCUCCGCCAUGCCGCCGCUGUCCCUCCACCCCCAGAACCAGACUUUACCUCUGGAGAAGUCGUGGCAGGCAGGCCUGGGCCUCCUGUCUCCCGGAGGCCCUCCCGGACUCAUGAAGUCUGAUCAGCACCUGGAGCAGCAGAUGAACAUGCUGUCUGUCCUCAGAGCGUACAGCAACGACAGCCUGCCGCCGUUCAACGGCCUGGGAGUCGGAGGCGCGGCCUCAGGGGGCGUGAAGAGGUCGGAAGCACCUGCUCAUCUAUGGGGGGGAGAAGAGGACCAGCCCCCGACCUGUGAGCCCACUUUGAGCCUGGAGUCCAACCACCUUCACAACCACAACCUGGGCGACCCCCAGGGGCUGGACGGGGCGGAGUGAGGAGGCCGGUGAAGGAAGCGGCUGCGAGGAUGAGGAGGGCGGAGUUUAAAAAUGAAGGAAACACUAUAAGAGAAGAUUUUUAUUUAAGACAGAGGGCGGCAUGCUGACGGAUCAUGGACCUAACCUUUAAAGCUUCCUGGGACUGGGAGUGCAGGCGCCCCUCCUCGCGCCUCCGGGGGGAGGGGGAUGUUUUUUUUUUCUGCCUUCCGACGAAGGAGCUCCUCACAUUCCUGUUUCUCUGCCCCCGUCGAAUGAAGAGGAUUCUCGUCCCAGCACUUCCACGUCCUCGCAUCCUUCCUGUUAGAAUGUAUUCUGCUGAGACUGUCCAAGCACAUUCCUGUCUGCGAAACCCCGCGGCGAGGACACGGGACGCCCGCCGGGUCAGCGGCCCACCGCGGCCUGCAGCCCCGAACCUCCUCCAGCCUGAAAGGCGGAGCUUCCCACCCCGGACCCGAGCGUUUGUACAAAUACUGCCACCAUCUUUGUUGCACAGUGUUCCUGACUACUGAAACGGUUUGAUGUAUUUACUUUAAGAAGAGAUUAAAAAAGCAGCAGAAAACUGGAAAAAAGACAUAUUGUGUAUAGCCUUAGACACAUCUGUUCUUGCUUCUACAAAUCUAUGUAUCUGUGCUAGAGCGUAGGGUGUAGACCUUUAUUUUUUCAUUUUGUUUCCUUUAAAUGUACUGUACAUUCUUGCCUUGUUCAUUUCCUGACCCCGCCCCCAAACCCAAAAAGGAGAAGAAGAAAAAAAAAAGAAGAGAUGGAAAAAAAAGAUGACAAUCGUUGGCAUUUCCAGAAUCCAUGGAGGGACUUUGUUUCGUUUGUUUCGGUUCUCACCAGUAUUUUGCACUGUGAUAGUAUUAUAAAUCCAACUAUUCAGAACAAACUAGCUAACUAACUAAAGCGAAGGCGUGUGUCUGUGUGUCCCUUUGUGAAACCUUCAUUUCUCGUGAACCCAGAGGAAAUAAAAAAAAAAAAAAGCAAAGCGUCUAAAGCGGCGUGUACAGUCCCAGUAUAAUCCUUCUGUUUUUAUUAGUUUGGUCAGCCUCUAUACUGUCUGUGGCUUGGACGACUCCGCCCCCUCAGAUGUCUUUUUGUAUGCUAACCCCUCCCACCGUCGCAGUGUAGGCCUGCGGUUUGCGGCAACUUCUUUGAUUUUAACUCGUGAUUGCAUCGAACGAAGCGACUAAAACAUCAGAGUGAAGGAAUCUUCUCAGAGCAGGUGGAUGUUUUCCCCGCGGAAGGACCUUUGACCUCAGCUCCCCGGGGGGGUGAAGGUUGGCGUGGGGGGAGUCUCUAAGGCGCUCUCCUUCUCUGAACCAGCUAAACCGAUCAUUCCACUUCACGUAUGAUGUAAAAAAAAUCCUGUCUUGUGAGCUGAACACUCUAUGUUUCGCUGUAUCCUCAUGGCAGAUGCUUCGUUUUGUAACUACUGAACUGUACUUAUAAUAAAAAUAAAAUGUAUUCAAACUAACAA